AUGUUGCGGCCAGCGUCCAGUCACGAUGCGAUGUCUACGGGCGCGAGGAGAGAUGUUCAAGCUGAUGGCAUGCGCAACAUUUACGCUUCACAUAACGCUGUUACGGCACUUACUUCCAGCCGAGCAGAUAUCUAUCCACGGAGGUCCAACGAGAUGAUAUUCUCUGCGGCUCCAGUACCUACGACGGCAGAGCAGGAACGCACGAUGCAGAUGGUUGCAAAACAGUGGUCAGGUGCCACGGAGGAAAAUCAUGACCUCCAGAACCGGCCACUCGACGGUCAAGUUAGAUCCUCUGGCCACGAUGGACGCUUCAAGAGGGCCCGAGACCUGUUACCGUCAGACGACGAGCCCGCAAAACGAGCUCGGUACAACAGCAACGCUCUACGAUCACCUUCGCCUGGGAUCUACACAAGUUUCCCCUAUGGAUUACCCAGACCCGAAGAAGCGUCACACCACGACCACGGCCACGGCCAGCCCUCCGAGGCCAUGUCGGAGGCGACGGCUGUGCCGGACCCGGGCGAUUUCGAUAAGACGGCGGGGGUUCCACGAGCAGCUGCGCAUCAUCCGCACCACCAGGGACAUACCCAUCUCCGAAGGGCAGUACGCGACGCCACGGCGAACGCGGAGUUCAGGGCGCCGAGCACCGCCAUGACCGCCUUCAUGGACACAUGGCAAGGAGGCGCCGCGAACGCGGACAUGAGCGGCCACGCGGGUUACGACAGGCGUCCGUAUGGGCAGCAGCGUGAUCGCUCUGGAGGCGGGUCGAUGCCGGGAGUGUCUCACGAGGAGAGCCUCACAGACGCUCCAGUGCAGCAAGGCUUCGCCGAGGGACUUUCCCCCGCGCCAUUGAACACGGGACGGGACGUGGGUACCGCGUCUCGUCGCCCGGGCGAUCGUGGCUACGGCCGGCAGGACUUUGCGAGUGGUGGUGCUGGAGGUCAGCCGGGUUUUGGGCACGGGGAUCUCUACGAGCAGCAGGUAUUUGGCGGCGGUCCCGAUCACGAUCCGGGAUAUAACACUAUCCUGUCUGGCGGCUACCUGCCAUCUACGGGUAUGAGUAUGAGUACGAGUAUAGGUAUGGGUGCGGGUAUGGGCAACUACGCAGCACAGAGAACGCGAAAGGACACCAAGGCAGCAGCAGGGAACGACAGCAAAACAAACACACUUGCAGAAAACUCACUGCUCGUACCUAGCUAA